AUGGUUCGACUCUACAGCAUAGAGAACUACCUCUUUCAAGGCUCCCAUCAACUUUCAAAGUCGUCGGUAUCGGUAAAUGUGGGCACGAAACAGCGCUCAUACACGUUCAAGAACCUUAUGGGAAACACUACCUAUAGAGCCUCUGUAGAGGCAUUCGGUGGAGACGUCAGCCUUUGGUAUGCUAGCAAUGUCUUCACUACAAGUCUGGCAUCUUUGAACUGGUUGCCUGCUCCAACGGACAUAGUUUGGUGGGCUCGGACACAAACAAACCUCUCACUAGAAAUCUCCUGGACGGCGCCGAUUAUCAAUGAAGGCGGCCACAACGCCGUUAUCAAUCAACACUUGGUAGGUGCAUUCAAAGGAGAGAAAUUCGGCGCAUUUCAGUCGCACGCACGCAAGUGGAGAAAGAGGUAG